CGUGUGUGUGCGCGCGCGCGCAAUGACGGUGGCCGAGGGAGAGACAGACGGCGGCCGAGAGGGGCCAGCCCAGGGCAGCUUCCGGCUUCAGAUGGCUCCGGUGGGGCUGCUGCUCCUGCUACUGGGGGCAGGCUGCACAACCCUUUCCUGCCUCCUGCCCACCGUCUGCAGCCCAAAGCCAGCCCAGCACCGGCUUCAGGCCCUGCCCAUCUCCUCCGGCUGGUGGGCAAGUGCUUCAGCUACAUGGAGUCCACGUACAAGUACGAAUUCUGCCCCUUCCAGAACAUCACCCAGCAUGAGCAAACCUUCCGGUGGAACGCUUACAGUGGAAUUCUUGGUAUCUGGCAGGAAUGGGAAAUUGAAAACAAUACGUUUGUUGGCAUGUGGAUGAGGGAUGGAGAUGCGUGUGAAACCAGGAACAGGCAGACCAAGGUCCUCCUUGUCUGUGGGAAGAGCAACAGGUUAGCUCACGUGUCUGAACCAAGCACUUGCAUUUAUUCUCUGACAUUCGAAACACCACUCGUUUGCCACCCGCAUUCUCUCUUAGUGUACCCAGCCCUGCCUGAAGCCCUCCGAAGAAAGUGGGAUGAUGUCGAGCAGUCACUUUAUGAAGAGAUGAUCACAAAGCAGGGCUAUGAGAAAAGGUUGAGAGAGAUCUUUGAAGAAGCCUCCUUUUUUAAAUCAACAAAAGAGGCGCAGAGUGAGCAAAAAAAUAAACUUCAGCAUCAGGAAUUUGAAUCUCUGGAAAAAUGCAACAAGGAAUAUCAGCAGCUUUCCAAAGAUGUACAGAAAUUGAAAGACCUGUUAACUCUCCAUGGAGUCACGUAUGAGGCUAUCUUGCCUGGAGACAGUGCUGAUAAGCGUGCCACGCCAAAAAGGGUGACAGAAAUGCCAGCUCUUACAAUUGUACCCAAGGUGGAGACACAGAAGCAUGGAGAUACAGGGCUCUGGAAUGACUCCCCGUGAAGGAAUUUACCUGACCGAUCUGCUCAGCGCUGGAUCUCUCAUGGCAACUCAAUAUCAUUCCUUCUGAUGCUCUAGACCUUGUCUGAGCCAAUAUUCCUGGUAGGCCUGCAUGUGAGGUAGUCCUCCGGUGUGAAGGUGGGGGGCCCCUCACUGAAUUUCUGCCUGGAAGUAAGGACUGUGGACAGCUGUGGAUGCACGUGGUGUAACAGACAACUCUGCAAGAGAGCAAGGUGGGCAACAGGAAAAACUGCAAAGUUAAGAUUUCUCUUCACAAACCACCUCGUCUGGGGCCACACUUCUCAUCCAGCCGGACUCCCUAGUUGUGGCACAAGAACCCUUGUAAUCUCACCUGCCUCCUUCGCCGGAACAGGCAACGUUUCUCAGAGCUGAUGGGGAUGAAGUGAGAAUUCUUUGGGGAUUGCUCAGUAAGAAGAUACUGAUUCUGCAAUGAAGUCUGUUCUAAAUGGGGGGGCAGCACGUGGGCUGGUGUAUUUUUAAUAAAAAAGAAAAUUUGC